AUGUCAAGUACUGAUGGCAUUGCUGUAGGAGAAGAAACGAAUAAGGAUUUGCCUUCAUCAUCGAAUGAUCUGCCCAAAGAUGAGCCUACAGCUGACAGUUUACACAAUAAGGAUAAGCAAACAAAUCAACAGACGGAAUUGAUCAACGAGACGAGAUUGUUAAGGGAUACUUUAGAUCUUUUAUGGAACCAAACUACGGAACAAAGAAAUUUAUGCCAACAGUUGGAACAGGAAAAUGAAUACCUCCAGGAAUACAUCAGUAAUUUAAUGACAACUAGUAAUGUACUGGACAAGUGA